AUGUCAGCGCUUGGUCACUCCAACCUCAAACUCGGCAGACGGUUGCUACAGAAACUGGACCCUCGUCGCAAAAGGGAGGACUUCAUGAGUCUGUGUCAUGAGAUCCACAAAGCCCUCCGAGAGUCGAUAUGCCCUCCCAAUGAUGAUUGUGAGCGGCAAUUCAUCCCGGAGGAAGCGCUAAAAGAAGUGUGGCUCUCACGCGAGGGAAAAGUCGAGAGUCGACUGGAUCUUUUCCACAAUCGGCUCACGGCGUUAGAGCGGGACCCAGGAAUUAAUGAGAACUACCUAAAACUGCUCUCCACUCUUCUCUGGAUUUCGUUUCCUUACGAGGGAUGGCGGGAUUUCGCAAGGGCAUUCCAGGAAUUCAGUAUCAGUGAUCGGCAAGGCUGGCAGGACGACAGGUUCCCUUUACUGGAUGCGAAGCCGUUGCAUUCGCUCCUUGAGAGCCAAAUUGAUUUCGAUAACCAUGCGCAAAGCUUCUUGAGAGACCAAUACCUGUUCUCGCCAGCAAAGAUCCAUGAAAUGAGGGUAGCCGACUGCGACGAUGAGAUAAAGCCCCUUCCCGAUGCGAUGCGCCUGCCCUUUCCGGACGUGGAAAGGAUUCUACAUCAUGGAACCCACAGGGUCACGAGGCGCAAAGUGGCCAGAGGAGGAAUUGAAACGUUGAGCGGGGAUGCCAUGGACGUGGUCGUGGUGAAGACGUUCUCCCCGGACCAGAGGCUGCAAUUCGUCACCGAAUUGAGGAACCUGAAACAACUGAAGAAAGCAUUCUUAAUUCAUCCGAACAUCCAGUCCUGCUUUUCGGCCAUCCAGAUCGGCCUCACAGGCCACCUCAUCUUCGAAGCGGCAGAGUGUAACCUUUCCCAAAUCCUCCACUGGCAAGAGCAGACGUUUUCUACAGACUUCUGUGCCAACAUCCAACGAGAUUUGCGGCCGAGCUUCCUGCUAUGGGAGGCCAAAGACCUCAGUUAUGCUCUCCACUGGCUGCACAGCGGCUUUAGUCCCAAAAACUCCCCCGACAGGUUCAAGUGCUACCACCUCGAUCUGAAACCAGACAACAUCCUCGUCUUUCCAUCGACCAGUUCAGAACUGCCGGGCGACAUAUGGAUGUGGAAGAUUGCUGAUUUCGGCGGGUCCGUAAUUGAACACAUGGGCGACAUCUCGAGUAGUGGCUCUGGAAUGAUCCUCAACGGACGCCGUCUCCGGACCGGCGGCUAUCAAGCACCGGAAAUUGAAUCCAACAAGUAUGAGCUCGGGACCGCUGCCGAUAUGUGGUCAUUUGGCUGUAUCUUGCUGGAAAUCCUGGCUUUCGCGCAGGGGGGGCCGAGCAGCGUCAAGGCCCUUGAAAGAGUUCGUAACAGCAACGUUAAGCCUCACUUUUACGAUUCAACAUUCGACCUGAGGGAGGAUAUUCGUGACUGGAUCAACAGACUGGACAUCUUGGAAGAGGGAUUGCGGGAAUUUCGGGAUCAGAUCUAUCUACUUCUCCAAAGAAAUCCCGGAGACCGCCCAAAGGCUCAAGAUCUCAUACAGCCGCUUGACCUUGCCUGGGAUCGGGUCAGGAAAUUGGGGUCCAAUGAUGUCAUUUUUCCCACCCCAUCCGAAGCCCCGACCUCUGAACAGGCUACUGACAUUGAGAUUCCAACCAAUGAUCCGCCCCUGAUUCGCAUCAGGAAUAGUCCGCAGGACAUUUGCCGACCACUUACCAAGCUGCUUCAAAAUCCGCCCUUGAAAUGCCGAGUAUCCUCCAACGGCAACUGUGCUAUUGUGCAAACGAAACCGGGGCGUAAUUAUUCUCCUGUUUGCAUAUACCCCGGGUGGCAUGAAUCCCCUACGACAGAGCCACGUAGUCUAUUAUCGGAAGAAGAGUCGCAAAAAUACAGCGCCGAAAAGAUUGCUGCUGAAGGCACAUUCUGUGGAGCAUUACUUCGCACUGCGGGAAAUGAGAAUGUCCAGGUCUGUAACCCAAACCAGUCUCCCACUCCAAGCUGA